AUGGCUUACACUGAGGUUGAGGUGGAAGGGACUCAGGGGAGUGAGACGCAAUUGAAGCACCUACAGUUUGUGAGGAUUAUCGCGAUCAAUACUGCGGUGAUCGUAUCAAAUCUCUAUGAUUACGCCAAGCAAAGUUCUGGCCCGCUUAAAUCUACUGUUGGAACUGUGGAAAACGCUGUCACAGCUGUUAUUUGCCCCGUUUAUGAGAAAUUUAAAGGCGUUCCUGGUGAUCUACUUGUUUUCCUUGAUAAGAAGUUGGAUGAAGGAACUUACAAAUUUGAAGAGUACGCUCCACCUUUUGCCAAGAAGGUAGUGAGCAAAACCCAAUCUCUUGUCAAGAAGGCAUCUCAAAUAGCCUAUGAUUUAGCAGAGGAAACUAAGGUUGGUGGUCUGGGUGCUGCCCUUUCCCGUUCUGGGACGAUGUUCAAGCAUUUUGCCAUAAGCCAAUUGGUCAUCGUGUGGUACAAAGUUGACCAUUAUCCAGCCUUGCAUAAAGCGACACAAAUGGCUGUGCCAACAACUGCAUACUUGUCCGAGAAGUACAACAAAUUGGUUGAGGACAUGACAGCAAAAGGUUAUAGUGUAUUUGGCUAUCUACCAUUAGUUCCUAUUGAAGAAAUGGCCAAAGCUUAUAAGCAGGUAGAGACAGCCGCAGCUAAGAAGGAAGAUGCUAGUGCUAGUAGCUCGAGUGAAAGUGAAUCAGACAAGGAAUAG